CGUACACAUGAGUUGGCAGCCGGUCUGAGCUGACCCAUAGACUCGUAAAAACCAACAGGGCCUCAGCACCCUCGCCUGGAAUACCCAAACUCUUGGACCAAAGGUGCAAAGUCUUGCCCACAUCAAGGAUCUGGCUGCUUUCUUGGGGACCAAGAGAUUGGGGUUUUGUUUCUACGCUUACUGUGGCAAUCCAUGAGGUUUAGAAAAGAACGUACUGGACUGUGGAAUGUGAUGACUUAGUCUAAGUCAAAAUAAGCCAGCCAGACAGACAACGUCUCCUCCUUCUGGGUCUCAGGUUUAAUGAAUUACGUGGGGACACCGGCCAUAUAAAAACACAAGCAGGCACUCAGUCUCGGACCAGUCAACCACGGAGUUGGAAUUCAGGUCUGACCCAGGACCACGGGUUCCAAGGCGAGAGACUCUGGGGCACCUGCACGCACUCUCCAGAUCAGAGUGCUGACAGAAAGAAUGUUCAAACAUCUUCGGAAAUGGUUCGUCACUCACUUCUUUGGGCAUUCUCGACAAAGAGCGAGGCUGGUCUCCAAAGAUGGAAGGUGCAACAUCGAGUUUGGCAACGUCGAGGCACAGUCGAGGUUCAUAUUCUUUGUGGACAUCUGGACGACUGUGCUUGACCUCAAAUGGAGAUACAAAAUGACCAUCUUCAUUACAGCCUUCUUGGGGAGUUGGUUCCUCUUUGGUCUUCUGUGGUAUGCGGUAGCCUACAUUCACAAAGAUCUCCCUGAGUUCCAUCCUUCUGUCAACCACACCCCCUGUGUGGAGAACAUUAAUGGCUUGACCUCAGCUUUUCUGUUUUCUCUGGAAACACAAGUGACCAUUGGAUAUGGAUUCAGGUGUGUGACAGAACAAUGUGGCACUGCCAUUUUUCUCCUUAUCUUCCAGUCUAUACUUGGAGUCAUCAUCAAUUCUUUCAUGUGUGGUGCCAUUUUAGCCAAGAUCUCCAGACCCAAAAAACGUGCCAAGACCAUUACAUUCAGCAAGAAUGCGGUGAUCAGUAAGCGGGGUGGGAAGCUCUGUCUCCUAAUCCGAGUGGCUAAUCUUAGGAAGAGCCUCCUUAUCGGGAGUCACAUAUAUGGAAAGCUUCUGAAGACCACCGUCACUCCUGAAGGAGAGACCAUUAUUCUGGACCAGAUCAACAUCAAUUUUGUAGUUGACGCAGGGAACGAAAAUUUAUUCUUCAUCUCCCCACUGACAAUUUACCAUGUCAUUGAUCCAAACAGCCCCUUCUUCCACAUGGCAGCAGAAACCCUUCCCCAGCAAGACUUUGAAUUAGUGGUGUUUUUAGAUGGCACAGUGGAAUCAACUAGUGCUACCUGCCAAGUCCGGACGUCCUACGUCCCAGAAGAGGUGCUCUGGGGCUACCGCUUUGCUCCCAUAGUAUCCAAGACAAAGGAAGGGAAAUACCGAGUGGAUUUCCAUAACUUUAGCAAGACAGUGGAAGUGGAGACCCCUCACUGUGCCAUGUGCCUUUAUAAUGAGAAAGAUACUAGAGCCAGGAUGAAGAGAGGCUAUGACAAUCCCAACUUCGUCUUAUCAGAAGUCAAUGAAACAGAUGACACCAAAAUGUGACAGUGGCUUUUCAACAGGAGUAAUGGAAAGUCUUGAAGAUACCCGGUGACUAGAAGUAUGACGAAGUGAUCGAAAAUUUGAGGGUAUGAAAUUAAGACAAGAGCCUUCAACGUCUACCAGCACCAUGCCCCUGAACUCCAUAGCCAUGAUCUUGCAAGACACAUAGCUCUACAAGGCACCUGCAUUAGAACAUGCAAUAUAUUUCUAGAAAACUGCAAUAUGGAAGCCAUAGGAAUUCACUUGGAAUCUUGAAUAUGAUUAUUUGAAAUCAUGCAAUGUUGAUAGAAACGGACAAAAUCAUCGACAGUUUCAUGGACAGGACAAAAAAGAUCUUAAAAUUCUCUUUGAAGAAGUUAUGAGCUUUAGAUGGGAUCAGAAUUCUUAUUUAGAUUCUACUGAUAAAAAAUAAGCCACUUUUAACAUUGGCUUUUGUCAAAGAAAAAAAAAAAAAACAGUCUCCUGAGGAUGGAGAGAAUGAACUAAUCGAAGAUGGCAAGAAAAGACUGAUACUCAAAGAACAUCUGAGGCUCUGCGCUUCUCCAGCCCUGGUUGUUGGAGUUUUGGUCCUAGUCUGGGUCAUGCUGUGUUUACUGAAGAUCAAGGGGAGGCUGAGUCCACGGACUCUCCAUCUCUAUGUAUCCAACGUGGGGAGGAGCGCUGAGCUCCAUCUACUUUCUGGCCCCGCCAGACACUGCAGCCCAAGUUCGGUCUGGGCCCAAACGAUCUCACGUGGCACGUUUAGACAGAGGCUAAAUCACCACUCUAGAAUCUCAAUGAACACCUUCCUGCAAGGAAGAAUGGUUGAUUUGAAAAUGGUGAUGUUAUUUCUUCCAGUUUGUGUGAGGUGGGGUAAGGGGCUAUGAAUUGGGGGAAAAGAGUAUUUCCUGAUCUUCCAAGAAGGCAGUGAAGAGUUUGAAGGAGCAGCGUCAGGGUAGAAGGGACAGUACCGCCAAUGCUUCUGAGAAAAAGAAAAAAGUAUCUUGUGUUCUUCUGCCUCGAGUUUGUACCGAAAUGCUGUUUCUAAAGGAGAUGCGUGGGAUGGGCUGUGACCCCACAGUGAGGAAAACACGAGGUCUCCCUUCCUCAAAGGGACCAACUGAACAUAAAGACGGAUCUGUAGAGAAAGAUUUUACUGUGAAUGUCUCUUUCAGGGCUCCUCUGCAUUAUUGUGAAUAUAUUCUGGAAGGAAUGGUACUCAAAGCUGCUUAGGAAUCAAAACGUUCCCGGUGUGUUGAUUGAUCUAUUAAAUUUCUGAAACUGUG